UUCUGAAGUAAAACAGAACAUUGAACCAUAGCAGAUCUAGCUGUUUUCAGGAAGUGACUGGUCAGAGAAGAAUAUCGCCAUGGUUUAAAAGGUUAAAAGAUGCCUCUGAGGUUAAAUAAAGAAAUAUCUGAAGACGAAUUCUAUGGACAGUUUUCUAAUGUAAAAGCAUCCCACCAAACUUUGCUCUGCUUUAGUCUGAAAGAAGAUGAUAAAACACUUUGGAAAUUAUGGGGCCAUGCUUACAAUAAUCCAGGCCAAUGUCAUGCUGAAAUCUUAGUUUUAAGGGAAAUGGAAGAAUAUUUAGUGGCAAAUAUUCCCAAUACUACAAAGUACAGCAUUACCUGGUUUCUUUCCUAUAGCCCCUGCCGCUGGUGCUGUGAUGAAAUAACCAAUUUUUUAAUGAAGUCCCAAACCAAAAUUGAAUUUAACAUCAAAGCAGCAAGGCCAUAUUAUUUUGAUGAUGAUGAGAAUCAAAAAGGUUUAAAAAUGCUCAGAAGACUGGGAGUUCUGAUCAAAAUGAUGGAAUACAGUGACUAUGAAGAAUGUCUCUACUUAUUUGUGGAUCCUUGCACCAAGUUCAUUGCAUGGCCAGAUUUAGAAGUGCAAAGUAUAGCAAAUAAAAUGAUAUUCCAUCAUUUAUUGGCCCAGGAUGACAACAGAUUAGACAACCAUUUGUUCACAACAGAUGAUUCUUCUCCAGUUCACGCUGGAUCAACAUCUGAUUUUGAAAGCCAUGUCUUGAUCAACAAGUUUCCACCAGAAGAUCCUAACAAAACACCAGACAAGAAAGAUGAGUUUUCAGAUAUAAGAACUCCACAGAAAACAUGUUUUCCCCAGAGAACAAGAGAAUUUGGGAAAGAAGUCAAAAGAAAACUCUUUUGAACAAGUGGUACUGCAAUUUUGUUUUCAUUUUCCCCCAAGCACUACAAAUAUGUCAUUCCACGUUUUUAAUCAGUUUUACACUUGAUUUGUAACUUCAUUGUUUCCUCACUUGGUUAAUUAUGUGUAAUGAUUUAGUUUGAAAUUGUGGUUAAUCAAGGGGAUCUGAACAUUACAGAAUUCUGUAACCUUUGAUAUAUACACUUUGUUCAAGCUUUCUCUUUCAACUUAUCAACUUAUAUUCCAACUCCUGGGCACCCAUCCUGCCUAUACUUGAAAUUGCUCCCUUCUUCUUCUUGCAUUUCCUAUAUGGUCCAGAUAAGAUUUCCAAGGCAGUGGCUGCAAGACACAAUUCCCCUUCCUUGCAUUCCCUUUAGGCUCUGAUUGAUUUACUUGUAACAAGAUUAAAAAGCAAGGCAUUAUUUGAGAGACCCUGUUGGUGAAUUUAGUAAUGACUGCCUGAGAUUAGAAUGCUCUGCAGUGCCUUUCUUAGGACUGGACAACUUUGUAAUACUAGAAGUUGAUUGGUUCUGGGCUGUGACUUUUGCCCUUAUUAAUACUUGCACUUUUGGCCAUCCUCUUGCAUCACCUUAUCUUGAACAGCAGCUCCAGGUCUAUGUCAGGGACAUGAAGGAAUCUUGUAGCAGUCGAUUCCAAAUUCAACUAUAGCAUUCCUAAAAUUUAUAACAGUACCUUCCUGAUAUUUUCCCCUCCUGACAUUUUUCCACUACAUGGAACACUGUUAGCUAACACCCAAAGUAAACUACAUAGACACAAUCCAGUAUUUGGGAAUUCUGAGGGCUAGACAUGAUUAUGUUGAUGUAAAACAUGUAUGUUUCUGUUGAGUAACCUUUCCAAUGAAUAUCUCUGAUCAAACAAAUAAAUGGUGUGUUGACCCUU